AGACGGAAAGACCAACGAACGAUAAUUCAGUAAAGAAUUAGGCCUAGUAUCGGAACGUGUUCACACGUAGGUGCGCCCUCGGUUUUAUGAUGUAAUUUACUGGACUCGGGGAUAAAUGUCAUUUAGUGAGGAAGCAGUCCUAACCCUCGAUCAGGCAUUGGGUCAAUUGUCGUUAGAAGCUCGAGAACUAUAUUUGGAUCACGAUGUCCCGAUAUUAGAUCAACCCCUCACGCCUCUAUCCUUCUACAGGGAAUAUGUGUCUCCCAACAAGCCUGUCCUGAUCAGGAAUGGACUUCAACACUGGUCAGCGAUAACAAAAUGGACACCAGACUAUCUCCGAGAGAAGCUAGGAGAGCGUGUCGUCACUGUCGCGGUGACCCCUAACGGAUAUGCCGACGCCAUCACGGACGGGAAGUUUGUCAUGCCGGAAGAACGACAGAUGGCGAUGUCGGAAUUCCUGGACAUCAUGGACCACCCUGACCAGUACAAUGGCGUCUUCUACAUACAGAAACAGAAUUCAAACUUCAUUGACGAAUUUGAGGACAUCAUUGGUGAUGUUGAACCAGAUAUUCCAUGGGGCACGGAGGCGUUUGGCUUAAAACCAGAUGCUGUAAACUUUUGGAUGGGAGACACACGGGCCGUAACCUCAAUGCACAAAGACCACUACGAGAACCUAUACUGCGUUGUGAGGGGGUGGAAGAAGUUCAUCUUGAUUCCACCGACGGACUCUGCCUUUGUCCCUUACGAUACUUACCAAGCAGCGAAAUUUACUGAAAAGGACGGAACAUUUCAUGUCGAAGCCGAAAAGGAAACUGGCCAGAUUCCAUGGAUUGCAGUAAAUCCUCUUGCUCCAAACUCGCAGAAGUACCCAGAGUUUGGAAAGGCCCGGAUGUUGGAGGUGUUCGUGAAGGAGGGGGAGAUAUUGUACCUCCCGUCCCUGUGGUAUCAUCAUGUCCAGCAGUCGCACGGAUGCAUUGCAGUGAAUUAUUGGUAUGAUAUGCAGUACGACAUCAAGUACAAUUAUUAUAACUUCCUGCAAAAUGUGAACAACAUUAACAAAAGCAUGAAAAAAGACUAAGGGGAGCACAGAAUGUAGAAUAAAGCUAUAUGCUGGUGAUAGCCCGGAUAUUAACAACGGAUGGGUCCCGAGGUCCAGAUCGAGGGACGGUGUAGCCAGCUGAUGGGUUCCGAGGUUCAGAUCGAGGGACGGUGUAGCCAGCUGAUGGGUUCCGAGGUUCAGAUAGAGGGAUGGUAUAGCCAGCUGAUGGGUUCCGAGGUGUAGAUCGAGGGACGGUAUAGCCAGCUGAUGGGUUCAGAUCGAGGGACGGUGUAGCCAGUUGAUGGGUCCCAAGAUUCAGAUCGAGGGAUGGUAUAGCCAGCUGAUCAGUUCCGAGGUUCAGAUUGAGGGACGGUGUAGCCAGCUGAUGGGUUCCGAGGUUCAGAUCGAGGGACGGUGUAGCCAGCUGAUGGGUUCCGAGGUUCAGAUCGAGGGACGGUGUAGCCAGCUGAUGGGUUCCGAGGUUCAGAUCGAGGGACGGUGUAGCCAGCUGAUGGGUUUCGAGGUUCAGAUCGAGGGAAGGUAUAGCCAGUUGAUGGGUUCCUAGAGGCGAGAGGAGUCUUACUUUCCUUCACUUUGUCACUAUCGAUGGAAGUCUUAUCAGAGACAUUAUGCAUGACAGUUAAGAAUUAUGAAUCUUAAUCAUCUGUAUCAUUCGACAUUUUUAUAAAGUUACAAGGUAGAGCAGUUGUGUUGCCGCUAUCAAUUAAACUGUAAUAUGAAUAUUUUCACGCUUUGUUUCAUUUCCGUGACUUGUAAAUUUAGGUAUAAUAUUAACAGAGUUCUUGAAAAUGAAUAACUCUAUAUGAUCAUUUUUUUUUCACCAGAUAAUUGAAUGAAAUAAUUAUAGAUGUCA